AACAUUUUUUCUAUACACAUUUUUUAAAUGCUUGAUUAUCAUUUUUCAAAUACAAGAUUAACAUUUUCUCAAUACAUGGUCACCAUUCUUUUUCUAUUUUCACAAAAAACUUAAAUGCUUGAUUAACAUUUUCUUAAUACAUGGUCAACUUUUUCUCUAUACACAUUUAACAUUUUCCAAACGCUUGAUUAACAUUUUCGAACCCUUGUUCAACAUUUCUUUUAAAUGCCUGAUUAACAUUUCUGUAUACAUGAUCAAACAUUUUUAUCAUUUUAAUACAUGGUCAACAUUAUUACCAUACACAUUUAACAAUUUCCAAUUCUUGAUUAAUAAUUUUUAAAUACUUGUUCAACAUUUUUUUCAAAUGCAUAAUGAUGACAUUGUUCAAAAGUGGCAUCACAAGUUUCAGGGAGUAGAAAAUAGAUUAAUCAAUGAAACCGCGCGAACUUUGUGAUGCUAUUGUGUUAUAUCAACUACUUUCUCCGUCUCAUAAUAUAAGAGUGUUUUUCACAUUAGUAUAUAGUGGAAAAACGCUCUUAUAUUAUGGGACGAAGGGAGUAUGUGUUUGUUAUGUCAUACUGAGCACCAAAUUCACUAUAUAUAUAUCUAUACCAAUAUAAAAAGACCUAAAGGGGCAGAUCCAAAUAAUCUUGGCCAUUAAAUCAUGUCAAUCCAAUGACAUAGACUGCUUCACUGUCGAGCACUUAAUACGUUUAGCAUGCAGUUAAUUGCAUGCCAAAUAUAGUGCUAAUCACAUAAUAACACGCAAAUAAUAUCCUACUUAAUAUCCGAAUGCACUUAAUAUACUUCCAAAUUAACGCGCAUUACACAUACACAUUAACUAAUCACAUAAUCAAAGAAAUUAACACACAAAUAAUAGCAUACCUAAUAUCCACGUGUAAAUAAUAAAACAAUAUAAUGCUUAAAUAUUAACCUGUGUUGCACGUGCACAUUUAGUAGAACAUGGGAAUACAGUAACAGUAAGCUCACUAGACGGAAGCCCGUCACGGCCAUGUGAAUAGGAUCCUCCUCGUACUGCUCCUCUCCUGCCCUGCCCUGAGCAGUAUCAUCCGUCGUCGUCGCCGGGCGGCGCAGCAGCCGGCGGCCGAGGGGAGACCGAGAUUUCCUCUUUGGAGGCGCCGAAUGCGGCUCGAUGGGGUUUCCAACACAUAAAUAGUUUGCUAGCAUGCAGACAAGUGUCCAGUAGCCUUUGCGCCAUUUGAGGCGUAAUGGAGAUAGUUUUUCUCAUGUUGUUGGUUCUUUCUCUGCUCCUUUUCCCUAAUGGCAUCUGCAAGAGUUUAGCCACAGGGCCUCCUGUUGUGAAUAUUGGGUCUAUUCUUCAAUUUGACUCCACCACCGGAGGUGUUGCGGCAGUUGCCAUCCAUACAGCCUUGGAAGAUAUCAACUCCGAUCCAACAGUUCUAAAUGGAACUACACUAAAGGUUCAAAUGAAGGAUACAAAUUGCUUUGAUGGUUUCCUUGGCAUGGUUCAAGCUUUGCAGUUCAUGGAGACUGAUGUUAUUGCACUCAUUGGCCCUCAGUGCUCUACUAUUUCUCAUAUGAUUUCAUAUGUAGCAAAUGAGCUUCAAGUCCCUUUAAUGUCCUUUGCUUCUGAUGCAACUCUUUCAUCGAUACAGUUCCCGUUCUUUGUCAGGACGGGUCCCAGUGAUCUCUAUCAAAUGGCGGCUGUGGCAGAAGUUGUUGACUACAACCACUGGAAGAUAGUGACUGCCAUAUACAUUGAUAAUGUUUAUGGUAGAAAUGGCAUUGCUGCUUUGGAUGAUGCACUCACUUUAAAGCGCUGCAAAAUAUCCUACAAGGUUGGGUUUCCUUCCAACGCUAAAAGGAGUGACCUCAUAAAUUUGUUGGUUAGUGUCAGUUAUAUGGAGCCUCGUGUUAUUGUUCUCCAUACUGGAGCUGAACCUGGACUCAAGCUUUUCUCUGUGGCAAACCAACUGAACAUGAUGGGCAACGGCUAUGUGUGGAUUGCAACUGACUGGCUGUCUGCAUAUCUUGAUGCUAAUUCAUCAGUUCCUGCUGAGACUAUAUCUGGCCUGCAAGGUGUUCUUACUUUACGGCCACAUAUUCCCAACUCAAAGAUGAAGAGUAAUUUGGUCUCCAAAUGGGGCACGCAAAGUAAAAAGUACAACUACAGUGAUCUUCGUGUAAAUACGUAUGGUUUUUAUGUUUAUGAUAGUGUCUGGGCAGUAGCUCGGGCUCUGGAUGCCUUCUUUGAUGAUGGUGGUAGGAUUUCCUUUUCAAAUGACUUGCAUGAUGGAAUUGGAGGAACUCUUCACCUUGAAGCAAUGAGCAUUUUUGACAUGGGAAGCAAAUUACUGGAGAAGAUUAGAAAGGUAAACUUCAGUGGGAUAUCUGGGCAAGUGCAAUUCGAUGCUGUAGGCAACCUCAUUCACCCUGCGUAUGACAUCAUAAAUGUCAUCGGAAAUGGCAUGCGGACCAUUGGUUUUUGGUCAAACUAUUCUGGCUUGUUGUCGACUGUCUCUCCAGAGGCUCUAUAUUCAAAGCCUCCUAAUAUUUCUCUCGCCGAUCAGCAUCUCUAUGAUGUUAUUUGGCCUGGGGAAACUGCACAGAGGCCUCGAGGAUGGGUCUUUCCUUCUAAUGCCAAGCAGUUGAAAAUUGGUGUUCCCAACAGAUUUAGCUUCAAAGAGAUCGUCACGGUAGACAAUGCUACUGGGUCAAUGAAGGGUUAUUGCAUCGAUGUCUUUACUCAGGCAUUGGCUUUGCUUCCUUAUCCUGUUAGUUACAAGUUUGUACCUUUUGGGAAUGGUACUGAAAAUCCUAAUUAUGACAAACUCGUACAGAUGAUUGAAUCAAAUGAGUUUGAUGCAGCUAUAGGGGAUAUUGCAAUUACAAUGAGGCGGACAGUAACUUUUGAUUUCACCCAGCCAUUUAUUGAAACAGGCUUGGUUAUCUUGGCUCCGGUUAAAGAGCAUAUAACAUCGUCCUGGGCAUUCUUGCAGCCAUUUAGUUUGGAGAUGUGGUGUGUUACAGGGCUGUUCUUUCUUAUUGUGGGUGUGGUUAUUUGGGUUCUUGAACAUCGGAUCAAUGACGAUUUCCGUGGUUCAGUAUGUCAACAAAUAAUAACUAUUUUCUCGUUCAGCUUUUCAACUUUGUUCUUCGCACACAGAGAAAAUACUAUGAGUGCCUUAGGGCGUGGUGUCCUGAUCAUAUGGCUGUUUGUUGUUUUGAUAAUUGUAUCCAGCUAUACCGCGAGUCUUACUUCCAUCCUGACCGUGCAACAACUUGAUACUUCUAUAAAAGGAAUUGAUGACCUGAAAAAUAGCAAUGAUCCUAUUGGUUUCCAAGUUGGUUCUUUUGCACAAGACUACAUGGUCAAGGAGCUCAACAUCUCACGGUCAAGGCUAAGAGCUCUUGGUUCACCACAAGAAUACGCGGAAGCCCUCAAGAUAGGCCCUAAGGAAGGAGGUGUUAUGGCCAUUGUUGACGAGCGCCCCUAUGUUGAACUGUUUUUGUCAACCUACUGCAAGAUUGCGGUAGCUGGCACAGAUUUCACCAGCAGAGGAUGGGGCUUUGCAUUUCCAAGGGACUCCCCUUUGCAAGUAGACCUCUCCACCGCAAUCCUGUCUCUGUCAGAGAAUGGGGAGCUGCAGCGGAUCCAUUCCAAAUGGCUCAAUACAGGGGAGUGCACAACCGACAACAGCGAGUUUGUCGACUCGAACCAGCUCCGCCUUGAGAGCUUCCUUGGUCUGUUCCUAAUCUGUGGUGUGGCAUGUGUUCUCGCGCUGCUACUCUACUUUGGUAUCAUGCUAUGCAAAUACCUGAGGCAUGAACCGCGGAAGAGCCUCAGAAGAUUCAUCUCGUUCGUCCAUGGGAAGGAGCCGCCGAAGAACAUGGAGAGGCGAUCCAUGAGCCUGCCUGGAAGCUCGACGCCAACAACGCCGAUGGGCAGCCUUAGUUCCCUUGACAUGGAAAGGCCGGCCAGGCCAGUCAGAAACGGCAGCGUUAUUGAUAUGGAAAGCUAGUUCAUGUGUAGAAAGCUACGCGGUCGACUAACAUAGGUUCUGGUAGUCGGACAGCAGGGGUGUAUAGGGGGGUUCAAAAUACUUCUUAAGUACUCCCUCCGAUCCAAAUUAUUCCAAAGUUUAGGAAAUAAGAGAAGGAAGGAUUAAUAAGAAAUAAAAAUAUUGAAAUGCUCCUCCUGUCCUACAUAUAUUGUUUUUACCUUUUCAUGACUGUAUUUUGGGGGGAGUGUGGAUUUUCUACCGUGCACGGGACAUCCAUCAC